GUUGUCUCGAGGGUCCUCCGUAUCAAUGUCCACAAAUGACAUUUGCGGAAUAACACGAUUUGAGAGACUUUGAACUGUAACCAAAGUUGAAGACUGGAAGUAAAGAUCCAAAAGAUGCUCAAGAGCGAGCCAUCUUUCUCUAGUUACUACGAAUCUGGAAAUGAAGAGGUGGUUAUUAAUAAGAUAGACGAUGAACGACCACCAAGUCCUCCUAUGCAUUUAUCUGAAGGGCUUGGGGUUGAUAAGUUCGAUUUGUAUGGUAAAGAGAUCAAAUUCGAUUUACCGAGUUUGGAUGAUGAGAGUUGUGGUGAUUACUACAAGAGAAUUCUUGAUGAGUAUCCAUCACAUCCUUUACUUCUCAAAAACUAUGCCAGUUUCUUGGAGUACAGAGGAGAUCUUAAUGGAGCAGAAGAGUAUUAUUAUAAAUGUACUGUAGUUGAGCCUAGUGAUGGAGUAGCUUUAGCAAACUAUGGUAGAUUAGUGAUGCAGCUUCAUAAAGAUGAAGCUAAAGCCUCAAGCUACUUUGAACGUGCAGUUCAAGCAUCUCCUGAGGAUAGCAAUGUUCUUGGAGCAUAUGCUAGUUUCCUCUGGGGGAUAGAUGCUGAGGAUGACGACUCUGAUGACUCUUUUGAAGGCUCAACAAGGCAAGGAAAAGAAGACUCUGAGCCUGAGGGAGCGGGAAAACAAGGUACAAGGUUGUCUGAAACAGAGGAUGUAGAAACGCUAUGCAGAUAUGCGAAAGCGUUUUGGAGUAUUAAAGGUGACCAGGAGAAGGCUUUAUUCUAUUUCGAGAAGGCCGUUGAAGCCUCUCCAAAUGACAGCAUUAUACUUGGAGAGUACGCUCGGUUCCUAUGGGAAAUAGAAGAUGAUGAUUAUUAAGAAGAAGGGUCUCAGGUGUGGUUUGAACUCAUUCAAGUGCAGCUAUCCAAUCCAGUCUUGGAUUUGAGUUGAUUACAUGGUCUUAUAAGCACAAAAUAGUAUGCAGUGAGAGGUUUUGAUGUUAUAUUAUUAUGCCUAUUUGUUUUUUAUGGGUGUUGUACUAUGAUCGUCAUUUUGAGUAUCGUUUGUAAGUCUUUGAUUUUGUUUUUCUUGAUCAAUCUCAUAAUUAACCGCA